CAUAGCAUUGCAGCAGCUGUUUACCAGGGACACGAAUCCUACUCUCCUUCGAAUACUUCCCGGUUUCCUUUUCCUGGAAUCCCUUCUCCUAUAAAAACAGCCCCUGAUUUGUAAUAGGUUUGCCAAAACAGAUAAACUUCAAAGUUCAGAGAAACAAAAAAAUCUUUCUUCUCCCACAGCAAUAACCAGAUAGAAUGGCUUCAUCCUUAUCAAGAAGGUCUAGUACAAGCAGCGGUCCGGUCUUAUCAUCAUAUUCUUCAACAGGUUUUGCAUCAGCAAGUUCGAGAUUUUCUUCUCCAUCUACAGCGGCAGCUGCUAGUAUGGUUAGAAAUAGUUCCUCGUGUUUUGAUCAUAAUAAUCAUAGAUCAGCAUCUCCUACCCGAGUGAAUCUUUAUAAUUUUAGUAGCGGACUGUCAUCGUCAUCCACGAAGAUAUCUAACUCUGGUAAAAGUAGUAGAUCAGUGGCAGUAAAUUCUGCAUGUCAACAUCAGAAUCGGGUACCGUCGUCUACAAAUCAGCCGAAGCGGACAUGUAUGUGUUCACCAACAAACCAUCCAGGAUCAUUCCGUUGCAGUCUUCACAAAAGUAUUAAUAAUAACUCGUCAUCGGCAAAUAAUUAUCAAUCAAAUAAUCAACGGUUGAGUGCACGUAGAUCGGCCAUGACGAAUUCGUUAGUGAGAAUUAGCACAGUUGAAGGAGAUUUGGUUAAAAGAGCUUUAGCGUCUUUAAUUCGUCCUUCGUCUCAUAAUCAGAGAAGAAGAUCAGGUUUUCAACCAAGGCCGAGUAGGCUUUCAGUUAUGUCUAGAUAAUAAUGGCAGAUGUUUUCACAUAUUAGAGGUUCUUUUUUGAUAACUCCUCGUCUGAUCAAUGUCUCAAAGUCUUGAAGUGUAUAUAUACUAGGAUGUCACAGUUAAAUUGAAACAUUAAUAAUGAAUCGGAAUUUUGUAGUUCUUUUAAA